AUGAAUGAAGAAGAUAAAGGCACGAUAGUGGUAAACAGUGGAAGCAUAGCCAAUGUUCACCAAAGUGCUCCAGAAUCAUCUCCUCUAUCUUCAGUUCCUGAUAACGAGCGUAACGACACCGCGGUCCAGGCAGAUCAAUUCUCAGACACGCCUGGUACAUCACUCACCGGACAAGAGACAACACCAUCCACCACACCCAAGAAGGCCAAAGGCAAGAGAAGAGUCGUCGUGAAAAAGGCAGUGAGAAAGUCAAAAUGGAACGCAGACAAUAUUCUCACUGACUCAAAGUCACCUCUGGCUUCCGCUGAUCUCAGAAGCAUUUUGUCGAACCCGUUGGCCUGGGAUAUCCUUGAGAAAGAGGAGAAAGCAGAAAUUCUAGCUCUGUUCCCUGAUUCCCAGCACAUACUCAGCGCUGGAACCGAAGAUGCCCGUCCUGAUUUUGCAUCGCUCAUGAACGAUGACACCUUUCGCUACGACUGUGCUGCCUACACGGAAAACAUUGUGCAAGGUCGACAUGAUCCCGAGUGGUUGGAACAGGCUUGGGCGGCCCACGAAAGACGAAAGAUGGGAGAUUUCGACGAAUAUUUGGAUGACAAGUUCAAAGACGAAUGGGAGGUUGAGCUACCGCCAGAGCUCAAAACGCACCGGAAACCUACUAUCUCAAAAGAAGAAAGCGACGUCAAGAUGGGGGGUGUUGAGCCAGUGCCGAAUGGGAACGACAGCACCGCAGAUACCUGCAUAGAGGUUGACACGACGGAUAAGAAAGAAAAUCCCAACUCUGAAGAUAGAACGGAUGAGUUAGAGAAAGAUGAUGCGGUCAAAGAGGAACUAAUGAUUGUGGCUGCUGGGCAAGAAAACAGUUCAGCGAUGGAGAUCGAUGGAGAAGACACAAAAGAGAAAUCCGCCAAAGGAGAAUGUAUCAUGGUCAAGAGCAAUGUCGAUUGA